AAGAAAGAGAUAAACCCUUGUUUUAUUUUGUAGCCUCCGGGAGAAUUGAUUGACUGUCGCCGACGCCCACACGGGAGGGGAGAGAGAUGUCGUCACAAGGCUUCGUGGAACUUUAAUGGCCGCUCCUCCUUCUCCUCGCCACGAAAGCUCUUCAAUUGAUCCAUUCCAUUUCGGUCCUAUGUGUUCCUCUCCGUCUCUUCAAUGAUCCUAUGUCUCCGCCUCUGUCGCAGAGCUUCCAGAUCCUCCUUCUCCACUUCCACUUCCACUUCCACUUCCGUCUCUAAGCUACGCUACCUCUUUCUAUCAUCCUCUCCUCCCUCUAAUCCGGAGUCCCAUUACGCUCAUCUCAUUUUGACCUCACACGGCUACAAUCCCAAUCGCAAGUGGUCUUCCCACCAGUUUCAUCCCCUCGUUACUGAUCCCGAUCUUCUAAUUAGAGUCCUCAACAUGAUCCGAGAGAAGCCCGAGAUCGCUUUCCACUUCUUCAAGUGGCUACAGAGCCAACGCGAUCUCAAACAGUCAUUCCUCGCCUUCGCUGCUCUUCUCGAGAUCUUGGUUGAGAAUGAUCUUAUGAGCAAAGCCAGUUGGGUCGCUGAGAGGAGCAUCGAUCUCGGUAUGCACGAAAUUUACCAUCUUUUGAUUGAAAAGAGUCUUGUUGAUAAACUGAUUGCUUGCAAGACUCUUGAUCUGUUGUUGUGGGUUUACACCAAGAAGUCAAUGGUGAAACAUUGUUUGUUGUGCUUCGAGAAGAUGAUUACUAAAGGCUUCUCGCCUAGCGUUAGAAUCUGUAACUUAGUUUUGAGGCUUCUUAGGGAUAAACAAAUGGUUAACGAGGCUCAAGAGGUUUAUAGGACGAUGGUGGCGCACGGUAUUAAACCGACGGUUGUCACUGUUAACACUAUGCUGGACACUUGUUUCAAGGCUGGUGAUUUGCUUAAAGUCCCGGAGAUUGUUUCUGAGAUGGAGAGGGAAGUUGUGCCUAACGUUAUCACGUUCAACACUAUGUUGGAUUCUUGUUUCAAGGCGGGGGAUUUGCACAAAGUGGCCAAGCUUUUGUCUGAGAUGGAGAGAAGAAAUGUUUAUGCUACUGAGGUGACUUACAAUAUACUGAUCAAUGGUUUCUCCAAGAAUGGUAAGAUGGAGGAAGCUAGGCGGUGUCAUGGAGAUAUGCGAACAUCUGGAUUCCCUGUGACAACUUAUUCCUUUAACCCUUUGAUUGAAGGGUAUUGCAAACAAGGCUUGUUUGAUGAAGCUUGGGAGGUUGUUGAGCUAAUGCUCAAUGCGGGCGUUUCUCCAACCGCAUCUACUUAUAAUAUUUAUAUACGCGCGCUCUGCGAGUUUAGAAGAACGGACGACGCUAGACGGGUGCUGCUUGGUAUGGCAGCUCCUGAUGUUGUGUCUUACAACACUCUAAUGCAUGGAUACGUUAAGUUGAGGAAGAUUAGAGAGGCUUUUCUCUUGUUUGGUGAGCUGAUUGUUAGGAACAUCCGUCCCAGCGUUGUCACUUACAAUACUCUAAUGGAUGGUCUUUGCGAGUCAGGGGAUUUGGUAACUGCUCAGAGGUUAAAAGCAGAGAUGUCCAGGCAAAGGAUUGAUCCUGAUGUGAAGACGUACACCACUCUUGUAAAAGGAUUCGUCAAGAAAGGGAAUCUAUCCAUGGCUACUGCAACUUACGAUGAGAUGUUGGAGAAAGGGAUCAAGCCUGAUAGAUAUGCAUGCACUACAAGGCUCGUGGGUGAGCUGCAGCUUGGAGAUAAAGACAAAGCGUUUCGUCUGCAGGAAGAGAUGGUGGCUAAGGAUCAUAACGCUCGAGAUCUGAUCAGUUAUAACGUUUGUAUAGAUGGACUCUGCAAGGUUGGGGAUCUGGAGAGAGCGAUUGAGUUUCAGCGGAAGAUUUUUAGAGAUAGCCUCGUCCCUGAUCAUGUUACUUACACCACGGUUAUUCGUGCUUAUCUGGAGAAGGGACGGUUUAAGAUGGCCAAGGUCUUGUAUCAAGAGAUGCUGAGGAAAAAGUUGUCUCCCUCUGUGGUUACCUACUUUGUGUUGAUUCAUGGUCAUGCGAAAGUGGGAAGGCUACAACAAGCGUUUCAAUAUUCAGGCGAGAUGGAGAAGAGAGACAUUCGUCCAAAUGUCAUGACGUGCAACGCUCUUCUACAUGGGAUCUGCAAAGCUGGUGAGAUAGAUGAAGCUUACAGAUACUUCCGCAAGAUGGAAGAAGAUGGGAUUCCACCGAACAAAUACAGCUACACCAUGCUUAUAAACAAGAACUCUGACCUUGGUAAAUGGGAGGAGGUUGUCGAGUUGUAUAGAGAGAUGCUAGAUAAAGAGAUUGAGCCGGAUGCUUACACGCGCUGGGCCUUGUUCAAGCAUUUGGACAAAGACCAUGCGUCACGAGAGGUUGAGUUCCUUGAAAAGAUAUUACGCAGUUGACGAGGGAGCAAAGGUGCUGACUUUGAAUGAACAUAUUUAUUCUUGGAGCUGGCCGGUUUUGUCUCUGAGAAGUGCAUACGGCUCAGUUUUACAAUUACUAUGCACAAAAGUCUUGUUGAUGGCUCAGCUUGGUUGCUUCUUCUCUAGGGGGAACGCAGCUCUGAGCUAUGCCCGGAAUCAAUCCAAUGUUGUUGCUCUUUUAACUCACUCUUACCUGCAACUAUGGCAUUAUUAUUUUACACAGCAGAGCAAGAAGAAUAGGAAUAAAAAGAUGACCACAUAAAUGGGUGUUGUUUGCAAGAAGAUUCAUGCGUAUUUGUUCAAUUCUUUUGAAAACAUUUUA